AUGACCUGUGCAAGGGAAAUUGUUUGUGUCAUUCAGCCAACAGGUGAACAGGGCACCAAACUGUUCCGGGCGCCUUCCAGGAGCCGGAGUCGGGAGUCGGAGACUUCGAGUGUGGAAAGCUCGGGGUCGCCGACCCCGCCGCGUGCCAGAAGCACGGAGGUGCAGGGUGUCCCCGAGAGUCCGGGGCCGGGCUCGGCGGGUGGCGUCCCGCGUCCCGGGGCCCCGGCCCCCGCGGCGGCCGCCGGCCUGGCCGCGGCCCCCGUGGCGGCGCCCGGCUCGCAGUUCACGCUGCUGGUGAUGCGGCCGUGCGCGGGGCCCGACGAGGCCGAGGGCGGCCUGAGGCAGGCGCCGACCCCGGCCCCCGCGCGGGGCGCCGCCGGCCCCGGCCGGCCCCUCGGAUACCUGUGCGAGGUGGCGGGCGAGGCGGAGGAGGAGGCGGCGGAGGACGACGCGGACUUGCUGGACACUUCCGACCCCCCCGGAGGAGGCGAAAGUACCGCCAGCCCCGAGGACCUGGAGGACGAGGACGCCCCCUCGGGGGGCGAGGGCGGCGGCGGCCGGAGGCGGGGCGGCGGCGCCAGCAAGACCUGCACCUACGAGGGCUGCCGCGAGACGACCAGCCAGGUGGCCAAGCAGCGCAAGCCGUGGAUGUGCAAGAAGCACCGCAACAAGAUGUACAAGGACAAGUACAAGAAGAAGAAGAGCGACCAGGCCCUGAACUGCGGCGGCGGGGCUGCCUCGGCCGGCGGCGCGGGCAGCGUCAAAGUGGAGGAAACUGCAGACAAUAUACUCUCCAUUGUAAAACAAAGAACAGGAUCUUUUGGGGAUCGUCCUGCAAGACCUACUCUUUUAGAACAAGUGUUAAAUCAGAAACGACUGUCAUUACUAAGAAGUCCAGAAGUGGUGCAGUUUUUACAGAAACAGCAACAACUCCUAAAUCAGCAAGUUUUGGAGCAAAGACAGCAGCAGUUUCCAGGAGCUUCAGUGUGAGGGAGUUUACCAAGAACUUCUGUGUGGUUUUGUUGUACAGUAAUAGAUGUACAUAUUUUUAUACUAAAAGAAUAAUGAAUAAGUUAGGCCAGUAGAACAUGAACAUUUUCUUGUAAAUGUAUGUGUGCAUUUGGGGGUAAAUAAGUAUUAUACUUUU